UGUUUUGAUUAUCUGUAAGCCGCAAAGCUCAGACUUUCUAUUAUUUUUCCCUAUUGGUUACUCUUUCUUUUUUUUUUUUGCCAAACCCUAGUGGUUGCUUUGAUGAUCUACAUUAUGGAUAUACUAUAGGAAUACGUAUACACAUGGUCCAAACACAAUCCUAAAUUAUUUAAGUAGGCAUCUUUUCUGUUAACACUCUGUCUAGCUCUUUACUAUCAGCCAGUCAUCUUUCAAAACUUCAACUAUGGCUGAUUUGGGAGAUCCUGCUAUACUUUUCACUAUUUGCCUGGCAACCAUCAUCUUGUUCCUAGCCAUCUUUGCAAAGAAUCUGCCAAAGGGUAGGCGUCCACCGACCCCUCCAGCCCUACCAAUUAUUGGACAUCUCCAUCUUCUCCGCCCUAUACCUCACCGAGGUCUUCACAAGCUCUCUACACGCUACGGACCAAUAGUGUCCUUCUACCUUGGCUCAAAACAUUGUGUCCUUGUUUCAUCCCCGGACAUAGCAGAAGAAUUCCUGAAAACUAAUGAAACUUCUUAUUUAGACCGCCCUAAAAUGGCUAACUUCGAUUACCUUACCUAUGGCACAUCCGAUUUCUCAACGGCACCUUAUGGACCCAGGUGGAAGUUGAUGAAGAGACUUUGCAUGGCUGAACUUCUGGGUCCCCGAACACUAGAGAAACUCCUUCCAAUUAGGCGUCAAGAGAUAAGGUCCUUUCUGAAGAUGACCAAAAAGAAAGCUGAAAUAGGAGAGGCUAUUGAUAUUGUAUCAGAGCUUAUGACUCUGACUAAUAACACAAUAUCCCGAAUGACCGUCAGCUAUCGAUGUUCUGGUGAUGAGAACAAAGCUGACGAGAUAAGGAAGAUGAUGAGAGAGAUGAAUGACCUUGGGACAAAGUUUAAUUUGGCUGAUGUUAUUUGGUUUUGUAAGAAUUUGGAUUUGCAGGGUUUCAGGAAAAGACUAGUGGAAGUUCGUGACCGGUAUGAUACUAUGAUGGAGAAGAUCAUAAAAGAGCAUGAAGAAGAGAGGAGGAAGAGGAAAGAGAUGGGGAUUGAAGGUGAUGCAGCGAAAGAUUUACUUGAUAUUUUGCUUGAUAUUUAUGAAGAUGAGAGCUCAGAGGUCAAAUUGACCAGGGAAAACAUAAAGGCCUUCAUUUUGAAUUUAUUUGGGGCUGGAACAGAUACAUCUUCCACAACUAUGGGAUGGGGACUUGCAGAGCUACUCAACAACCCACAUGUAAUUGAGAAAGCAAGACAGGAGAUCGAUUCAGUGGUUGGAAACAACAGAAUAUUAGAGGAAUCAGAUGUUGCCAGCCUGCCUUACCUCCAAGCCAUAGUGAAAGAAACACUUAGGCUUCAUCCCAGUGGCCCAUUCAUUGUAAGAGACUCAACUAAAGCCUGUGUUAUUGCUGGUUAUGAAAUCCCAGCAGAUACUCGUCUCUAUGUUAAUGUAUGGUCACUUGGCAGAAACUCAAAGCAGUGGAAAAACCACCUUGAGUUCCGGCCAGAGAGGUUUCUUAAUAGUGAAGAGUGGCAAGGGAAGAGCCAGUGGUUGGAUGUGUUGGGACAGGAUUUUAAUCUUUUGCCAUUUGGGAGUGGAAGAAGAAGCUGUCCUGGAGCUUCACUAGCACUAAGCAUUGUCUCAACUGUCCUUGGUUGUAUGAUUCAGUGCUUUGAGUGGAAGCUUGGGAGUGGAGGCAACGGUACUGUUGACAUGGAAGAGAUGAAUGGAAUGACUCUCCUGAGGGCUAAUGACUUGAUUUGUUUCCCAGUGGCCAGGCUCAGUCCGUUUCCAUCAAUCUGAUAAAUCUAAAUGUGGUUAUCAUGCAAUAUAUGCUUGCUAUUAGGAACAUUUUCAGGAUAUGUAAAAGCUGAACAGUCUUAAUUCCUCUGGAAUUUGGGUGUUUUUUUAAGUUGAUUGUACUAUUUAAGUUGCCUACUCAACAAGCAACAGAAAGUACUUUACAUUCUAGAAUAAUGCAAUGAUCAAAUAUAUGCCUUA